AUGGCGGACACAACUUCUCUGCCUACAAACUGGGAAGUCAAUGCUCUCUUCAGUGUCUUUCUCUUUAAUCAGAUUUCGGGCAAUUAUCUUUCUUCAACAGAAAGAAUGCUUUGUUUCCAAGCAACAAAGUUCGAAUGGGGAAUUUCAAAAUUUAUCUCUAGAAAGGUUUUGUCUGAUCCAUCAAAUGGAUACAUAAUCGAUGACAACUGUGUGUUUGGUGCUGAAGUGUUUGUGGUCAAAAGAGAAGCAGUCAUUGAACGUGUGUUAUUGAUGAAUGUCAAUACUUAUUACAAUCAUGCUUUGGAGAUUUCGGGUUUCUCCCAAUUGCCCCAAAGAUGGGUGUCUGAAGAAUUUGAUGCUGGAGGCCAAAAAUG